ACUUUUUUUCAAACAAAUUUUUUAGCCGCUAAUAUUCGCUUCGCUUGUGCAUGUGCCGUUGGUUAGAAUAUUGCAAAAAUUGUAUAUUUUAACUAAUUGCUAUUUAAAAAUAUAAAAUUGAAACUAGUAAUACACGUGAUAAUAUAUAAAUAUGGCUCAAUUUUCUCUAAGUUCUUUGACCAAAGAGUUGGCAGCAGUAGAAGAACCCGGUCUUACAUUCGCUGGCGGAUCUUUGAAAUGGACAACCGCCGAAGAUGUCAAGGAAGUUACAUCUGCCAUAGAUGCAUCAAAAAAUCUUACCUAUCUCCGAUUGGAGGGAAACACGCUUGGCGUGGAAGCCGCUGCAGCUAUUGGCAAAUCAUUAGAAAAGCAUCCAGAAUUUAAGAAAGCCCUAUGGAAGGACAUGUUCACAGGUCGUCUUAAAAAUGAAAUUCCCAAGGCUCUCGAGCAUUUGGGAAAUGGUUUAAUGCUCGCAUCUGCCCAGUUAACUGUUCUGGACUGCAGUGACAAUGCUCUAGGUCCCAAUGGAAUGGUGGGUCUGCAGGCUCUCUUGAGCAGCAGAGUGUGUUUUAGCUUGAGGGAAUUACAUUUGAAUAAUUGCGGACUCGGUAUCUAUGGCGGCAGAAUGUUGUCCGCAUCUGUGUUGGACUGCUACAAGAACAGCUGUGAUGCCGGCACUCCACUGGACCUUAAGGUAUUCGUCGCCGGACGUAAUCGUUUAGAGAAUGAGGGAGCCAUAGCGAUAGCUAAGAUAUUUUCCACAAUAAACACUUUGGAGGAGGUUGCCAUGCCUCAGAAUUCAAUAUACCAUGAGGGAAUCUCGGCUCUGUGUGAGGGACUUAAGAACAACCCUAAUAUGCGGGUUUUGAAUCUUAACGACAACAUCAUGACCCCGAAAGGUGCUUUUGCUAUUGCCAAUGCUAUCCAAGCUAUGCCACACUUGCGAGAGAUAAACUUAGGUGAUUGUCUUUUGAAGACCAAAGGAGCUUAUCAUCUGGCAAAUGUCUUGGAGGACAACCAGCCGGAUCUGGAAAUAUUAAAUCUCGAAGCCAAUGAGAUUGGACCCGAUGGAGGUUUGGCUUUGGUGGCGGCAUUACAAAACAAGCCCAAAUUAAAAGUACUUAAAUUGGAUAGCAAUCAAUUUGGCUAUGACUGCAUUGAGGAGAUGAAAGAAAUAUUGGCCAACACAUGUCCGGCAAACGUCGCCUCAUCGUUUGAGGAUGACGAAGGUGAUAGUGACAAUGAAGAUGAGGAUGAUGACGAUGACCACGAUGAUGAUGACGACGAAGAUGGUGAAGAGGAAGAAAUUGAUGAAAAUGCAGACCAUCACAAUGAUACAACAGAAGAUGCGGACGAAGAAAAUGACACCUAUGGCGAAGAAUACGCCGACGAGAGUGUCGCUGUGGAUAAUUAUGUUACAGCUGUUUUUAAUAAGUCAAAUAAUGACACUGUCGAAGAAUCCUUCGAAUCUAAUACAAGCGUCACAUUUGAAGGCGAACAAUCUCGGCCUAAUACAGUUGAGACAUUUUGUAACACACCAAAUCCGUCACUUAAAAUGUUUGAAAGCAUCGAAGAAACUGAUAAACUUCAAGCAUUCCGGGAUCAUAUAAAAGGAUACACAUCUGAAAAUUAUCUAAUAAUGCUAAUUUUCACUUCUCUAAAAUGUGCAGCCCUAUCAAAAGUCUCCAAAGAAGCUCUUGACAUUUCUACGGCCUUGUAUGAAGAUUCUUUUGCUUAUGCCGAAGAAAACGAUCAAGUUACACGUGUUACAAAUUUCUUUCUCAUACAAUUGGGUUUGUUAAAAAGCGAACAAAAAGACUUUAAACCAAACUAUAAUUUGAAAGGAUGUCGAUAUGCCUUCAGAGAGGCUUUGAAAGAGAAAAACUUACCAAGUGAAGUUAAACAGACAUUUACCUUAUUCUUGGACCGAUUUGAUGUUUAAACUAAAGUGGAAAGGUUUUAUUGUUUGUGUUUUCUUUUUGAAUAAAAAAAAAUGUGUACUUGUUUAAUUUGUACUUUUUUUAAAUGUUGAAACAAAUAAAAUUUGUAAAUUGUUUUUUUAAAAUAUA